AACCUCUGCUUCUACGCCACUUCGGUUGGACUAUCAAUCCUGGCACAAAAUCUUAAAACAGUUUUCUUCCGGACUUAGAGUGACAUAAGGCAUUUCUCAUGAACUUGUUUUCUUCCAGAGGCCAGGGGCAGGGGAAUGUUUUGUUUGGGCAUGUCUCCUUCACAUUGAAUAAUGAUAUGACUGACUAUAUGAUAUUCUCGCGCACACGCAUUAUAUUCUCCAUGAACUUCAUUGGUGUCCUUCGUGAAUCAACAAGUGCACGAGAGAGGUAUGAUUGAAGAGAAAGAAAUAGGAACAAGUGAACAAAAUUUACUAGAACCCCCGCAUGUGCAAUAUGGUUGGAAAGAAGAGGAACUGAUAAAUGAAGCAUCUUUACUUCCCUUCAAGCUUUCCCACCAAGAUCAUUUGACAGGCCAACCAAUACCCGUCGCCAACAAAACUUCCGAAUAUUCUGAUUGCAGAGCUAUCCACGUCUCAGAGAAUCAUGCUUGGAACAAAAAGGGUUUUUCCAUGAACUUAUUAGCCAUUCAUGGAACUGAAGCAUAUUCAAUGGUCACUGGCACUGUCUUCUGUGACCAAUGCAAGGAUGGUGAAAGAUCCCUCUUUGACUACCCUAUUUAUGGAAUCAAGGUUAUGAUGGCCUGUGCUGAUAGUAGUGGGCAGAUCACAAUGUCAAGGGAAGAGACCACGAAUUGGGUUGGGAACUAUGCAAUGAGAUUUGAUGGAACACCAGAUUUGAGUAACUGUUAUGCGCAGGUUUUACCUAGUACCGGUGGUGAGGGCUCAAUGGGUUGUGGUGUGGGUGCUGGUCCUGCUCAGAAACUAAGACUUAUGUUUAGGAUGUUUGGUAUGGAAAUGUAUGCUGUGGAUUCUUUGCUUUCUCAGCCUGCUCAGCCCAUGUCAUUCUGCCCCAAAUCAGCAAACCCUUUGCCUAGCCCUCCAACGCCUGUAAGGCCAGCUCCUGAACCGGUUACGCCAGUAAGGCCGUCUCCAGAGCCAGUCACACCUGUGCGCUCUCCUCCAAACUUCAGGCUUCCCCCAUUGCCACCACUGCCUCCAUUGCCUCCAAUGCCACCAUUGCCCUUCUUGGAAGCAUCAGCCUGCAGCCAUCAGUACUGGACAAUGCCACAAUACAAAUGCUACUGGAGAGCAGUGAACCCUGAGACGAAGGUUGCGGUCAUCUUCGGGGUGCUUGCAGCCCAGAAAUAUGGGAACGACAUUACGCUGUGGCAAGCAUUGCAGGGCAGGGGAGACCCUUACAGGACUCUACUAAGGGAAGCAACAACUGCACUCCUCAACUCCUACGAUAGUCUUCUAUUCCCUUACCAUACACUUGAUGUUCUCACACACAUGAAUUGGGCCCUGAUGGGUUCCCAGAGAAGUGUCCUCCUUACAGGUCUAAGGUUCUUGAGGGCCAACUCUGGUUCUGCCGAUGUCACCUGCAAGUUCACUCCUUGCCAGUGAUUUAUUUAUACAUCAAUUUGUUUUGCAUUACUUCAAUGGUGAUAUAGAAGUUACAGUAAGUAUGACUAAGACGAUAUUCCUAUUUAUUUCUGUGAAAGUUAUAGGAAUACAGAGUUUGUCUCUUACCAUUUCGCUAGAUAUAUAUAUUCCCAUUCGAGGGAAAGAACUUAUUAUGAGUACAUUUGAAAUAUAUUAGCUAUUCUUUCCCCUUCUA